UGUAACCGGAUGUUUGACCUCUGCUGACAGCUCAUUCUUUGAGACACCGGAAGCACUCGUCGGUUUUGGUGACGCUGCAUUAGACUGGAAGACAUGGACCGGCUCAGGCUGUUCGAGUGGUUCCUCCUGUGUCUGGCUCUCGCCGGAGCUCAGGCGCUCACACCGGCGCACCACCUCUCCUUGGCCGACGUGGCCCGGCUGCAGAGCCUCCUGAGCCCGCAGUUCACCGACCUGGAGUCCGCCUACCACUCUGUGGUCGGGCUGACCAAGCUUGGAGGGGCUGUUCCUGAUCACGAUCACGUUUGUCAGUUCCUGAAAUCCCAGCUUGAUCCCAUGAGUGUCGACUCGAUCUUCUUUGCUGCUGAGACCAGUCAGGCCAUUUCAGGAUGUGAGAUCCCUGUGUCCAAUGAAACCCGUGACAUCCUCCUGGCAGCAGUUAGUGAAGACUCCACUAUGACUCAGAUUCAUCGUGCUGUGAGUGCACUCAGCUCCCUGGGACUUUCCGUGACCUCUCAGGAGGUCGUAGGUGCCCUGGUGGCUCGCAUCAACAAGGAGGACAAUGUCAUGGCCAUCACCUUGGCUCUGCAAACAGCAGCUCGCCUCUCCCAGCAGGCAGAACUCGGAGGAAUACUUGAGGAGAUUGAGGAUCUGACAGCUCGUUUGGAUGACCUCGGUGGCAUCUACCUCCAGUUUGAAGAAGGACUUGAGGCAACUGCCAUGUUUGUGACUGCUGCUUACUCCCUGUCAGAUCAUGUAGACAUGGAGCCUCCCCUCAAGGAGGAACAGGUCAUUCAGCUGGUGAAUUCCAUCUUCAGCAAGAAAUCCUGGGACUCUCUGGCCGAGGCUUUCAGUGUGGCAAGUGCCGCCGCUGCUCUGUCCAACAACCGCUUUCAUGUCCCGGUCAUCGUCAGUGCUCAGGGCCCAGCCACAGUGUCCCACAGCCAGCCAACCCUGCAGCUCCUUGUUACUGAUGUCAUGUCUCAACCUCUGGCUUCAGCCAAUGUGCUGGUGGAAUCUGCGUACGCUGUGGCCUCCAAGAGCGUCAUACUCAGCCAAGCACGCUUCACUCUUAAUGAUGGCGUCUUUGAAUUGAACUUCAUGUCCAACCAGCCCGCCAGUGGAUAUUACCAGUUUACCAUUGCAGUUACUGGGGAUACCAGACUGGUGGCCAAUCACGUCGAGCUGAAAGUAAAGGUGUCUACUGAGGUGGCCAUUACUACCAUGGACCUCUCUGUGGUGGAUAAGGACCAGAGCAUCGGCACAAAGACCACCAGAGUGGACUACCCCUCCAAAGCCAAGAGCUCAUUCACCGCAGACAGCCACCAGAACUUUGCCAUGUCCUUCCAGCUGGUUGACGUCAACACUGGAGUUGAGCUCACUCCUCACCAGACUUUUGUUCGACUACACAAUCAGAAAACUGGCCAAGAGGUCGUGUUUGUGGCUGAACCCGACAGUAAGAGCCUGUACAAGUUUGAGUUGGACACAGCGGAGCGGAAAUCUGAGUUUGACUCCAUCUCUGGAACCUAUUCCCUCCAUCUUAUUGUUGGGGACGCAACCUUGGAGAAUCCCAUCUUGUGGAACGUGGCUGAUGUUGUUCUCAAGUUUGUGGAUGAAGAGGCCCCAGCCACUAUUCAGUCCAAGACCCUUUAUGUGCCCAAACCAGAGAUCCAGCACUUAUUCAGAGAACCAGAGAAGAAGCCUCCCACCGUGGUCUCAAACACCUUCACCGCCCUCGUCCUGUCUCCUUUACUGCUUCUGCUCAUCCUGUGGUUCAAGCUCGGAGCCAACAUCUCCAACUUCAGCUUCUCUCCCAGCACCAUUCUGUUCCAUCUAGGACACGCAGCCAUGCUGGGCCUGAUGUACGUCUACUGGACCCACCUGGACAUGUUCCAGACCCUGAAGUACCUGGCGAUUAUUGGUGGCGUUACUUUCCUCGCAGGGAACCGCAUGCUGGCGCAGAAAGCAGUGAAGAGGAUCGCUGCAGAGCAGAGUAGUAGGUUGGCAAAGUAUAGGAGCCUACGAUAAAGCCCCUCGUUUGUAACAAAGAGUUGAUCGUGCUUCCAGGCUGAAAAUUGAGAAAAAAUAAAGAAGAAAAUAAAUAAAAAGAAGACACUGACGAAGAUAAUGUUUUAAUUCCAAGGAGUUGUUCAACAAAAUCAGACUUAAGACCGGCACAGCAAUUCAAGAGUCCAAUCAACCGUUAAAACAUGCAGUUUGUCUGUGUUGCCAAACAGAAGAAUUUGAGAUACGACGGCGUCUCUUGAGGACAAACGCUCACUGACAGAUUCUCCUUCUGAGGACUGUAAAGCUACUGAUCAUUGCACUUCAUCUUCCUGUGAGAUUUGUUUUCUUAUCGUCCAACGUACCAGAGUUUUCUACGUGAGCUGGGUUUUUUUUAUUUGUGGGUUUUCUUCAUUGAAUUUGGGUUCAUCUGUGUUUUUUUUUUUUUUUUUUUNCA